AUGAACAUCGCUGGGAAAAUCUUCGCUCGCAUCCUUCUCAAUCGCAUGAACAACCAUCUGGAACAGGGUAUCCUGCCGGAAAGCCAGUGCGGCUUCCGCCGUCAUCGUGGGACCACGGACAUGAUCUUCGCCGCCCGUCAACGGCAGGAGAAAUGUCACGAGAUGCGAACCAACCUGUACUCUACCUUCGUGGAUCUGAGGAAAGCCUUGGAUACGGUGAAUCGCGAAGGACUGUGA